UCUGGUAUAUAAGUGACUGUGAAGGCCAAUAUCUAUACAGUCAACCCUCAGCUUCCGUCACCAUCACACACCACCAUGGCACCAUCCAUUAAAUUGGCUGCUUGUAUAUUCGUCUUCCUAGUGGUCACGACCCUGGGCCAUCCUAUGCCUGAUUUGGGCCAUGGUUUUGAAGAAGGCCAGAUUGAUAGACAUGGCCAUAGUAGUGUGCAUGACUAUGAACGUCUUAGGGCAGAGUAUGGCAUUAAUGAAGGCUAUGGUCGCUUGGAUAUGGGGCGUAUUAAGGCCGAUUAUGGUAUAAAAGACGACCAUGGCGAUUGGGAGGACCAUGGUAGUUUGGGGGGCCAUGUUGUUAAAGAUGGCAAUGGUAUAAGGCAAGAUCAGAGCCAUGGUAUAAGGGAAGAUCAUGGCCAUGGUAUAAAGGAAGAUCAUGGCCAUGGCAUAAGGAAAAAUCCUGACCAUGGUAUUAGGGAAGGUCAUGACCAUAGUAUUAGGGAAGGUCAUGGCCAUGGUAGAAGGAAAAAUCCUGUCCAUGGUAUUAGGGAAGGUCAUGGCCAUGGUAUUAGGGAAGGUCAAGGCCAUGGUAUUAGACACAAACAUACCCAUGGUAUUAAGGAAGACCAUGGCCAUGAUGAAAGACAUAAUCAUGGGGUUGAUGAUAGUCAUGGUAGUAUGGUUAAAUCCGAUACUACGGACGAUCAUGGUAGCGGAAAAGAUCACAGAGAAGGGGAGAAGGAACAUGGUAAUGGUAAUGGUGAACAAGCUGAAGAAAGACAAGGAUUUGGGUAUGAUUAUGGUAUUGGGUAUGGUGGUAUGUAUGGUUAUGGGGGUGGAUAUGGUGGAUAUGGGUAUGGCAAUGGUGUCGGGUAUGGUUACGGUCGUGUAAAUGGUUAUGGUGAUGGUGGCUAUGAAUAUGGUGGUCUGUAUGGUGGUUAUGGUCAUGGGAAUAAUUAUGGUGGUGUAUAUGGCUAUGGUGGUGGUUAUGGGUAUGGUGGUUAUGGUGAUGGAAAUGUUUAUGGUGGGAGCCCUGGUUAUGGCAACACGUAUGGCUAUGGUGGUGGUUAUGGGUAUGGUGGUCUGUAUGGUGGUUAUGGUAAUGGUAACGCCUAUGGUAAUACAUAUGGAUAUAGUGAUGGAUAUGGCCUUACUGGAGCAUAUGGCCUCAAUGGUGGCCUUGACCAUGAAGCAAUUGACCACGGAGGAUCAGGUCAAGUUGGUGAUUAUGGCCAUUCAGGAGCAUAUGAUGAGAGUCGUGUCCUUGGCCAUGAGGUAGUUGGUCACGGAGAGUUUGGCCAUGAUGGACAUAGCUAUACAGGAGCGGCAUAUGGCCAUAGCGGUGGACAUGGCCAAGGAGCAACCGGCCAUGAAGAAUCAAGUGGCGGUAGUGGAUAUGACCAAACAGGGACAUAUGGCCAGAGUAUCGGCCUUAACCAUGGAACAAUUGGACACGGAGGAUUUGGCCAUGGUGGAGGAUAUGGCCAAACAGGAAACUACGGGUACGGUGUUGGACUGAGCCGCGGCGAAACAGACCCGAGAGUUCAUGGAUAUCUUCACAACUGUGGGUUCGCUUGUGGGAUCGGCUUCUCCCCGGAUGUGUUUGUGUCACUCAGCUCCUUCGACCAGACAAUAUACAAUCAUGGUUAAAGCCGUUAGCAGCUAUUGUCCAAAGAAGCCAAAUUAUUGUGUGUACCUAAAUAAAGUAGUUUUGUAAA